AAACAUCAUUACAUUGGCUUUAAAGUACAGAGGUGAAACUUGUAUGAGCAAGUACAAUUAAAUGCUGAAUUUCGAUUUUCAUUUGAAAAACUCAGCUAUAAACACAAGAAAUUGGGAUUAAUUAAAGGUAAAAAACAUGGAGUCAAGUAUGAACAAGACAAUGGAAGAAGAUAUUUACUGGCAAUAUUUUCACUUCGCCCAUUUCUUCCUUACUUUACCCACUGAUUUCAAUCAUCACCUUACACUUCCCAGUAAAUUUACCGAUUACAUGAGAACUACUUUACCUCAACAAAUAGUGUUAAAGGUGAACGGACUUUCCUGGAAUAUCAACCUGAAGAAAGACGGAGAUGAAAUUAUGUUACACGGAGAUGAGUGGGAAGAAUUCGCAAAUGCGUACUCUUUGAAGAACGGAGAUAUAUUGGUCUUUAAGUAUAACCGAAAAGAAUGUUUUGAGGUCUGGCUCUUUGAUACUAAUAAUUCAUGUGAAAAAGAAGCUUCAUACUUUGUUACCAAAAAUGUUAAUCAUGAUCAAGCUCAUGGUUGCAAUGGACAAGAAGUGCAAGAGAAGUUGAGCAAGGAUUUCGUUGCUACGAGCCAAAGAGAUUCCGAUUAUGAUGAUCAUGCUCUUAGAAAGAGGAGGGCAAAGAGUGACUUUGGCACAAGCGCUCGUACUAGAGAUAUUUUUGAUGAGCAAGAUGAGUCUUCUAGUGAUGAUAUUUUUAUCUAUAAAGAGACUAUAACUUGUGCUACUAAGAAAGCUACUAGUACUAGAGGCAAAGAAGUGUUGUCUAAUGUUACAAGGAAAAGAAAGCGCAAUGGUGAUGAACUAGGUGAAACUUUUUGUGAAGAUCAUUUCAUUCUCAAAGAUGCUAGAACUUGUACUAAGGAAACGGCUAGUGCUGGAGUUAAGGAGGUGCCAUCUAGUUCUUCAUGGAAAAGAAAGGGAAAAGCUGCUAUAAACACCACCCAGUCUAAGAAGACGUUAAAUAUUCAUCGAAUAUUCUAUAAAUCAAACAGAAGGGAGAUAACCGAGAACGAAAAAGAAACAACUCUUCAAUUGGCAAGGGAAGCAUCAAUGUCAUACGCUAAUUCGUUCAUUGUAGUGAUGAGACAAACCGGUGUUUACAAGAACUUUUUCAUGACGAUUCCUUCAGAAUGGAACCCGAAAAGAAAAUUUAGAAAGGGUGAAGAAGUGAUUCUCAAAACGAAAGCAAACGAAUGGGUGUGCAAAAUUAGCAUCGGUUCUAACACAGGUUUGCAAGGUUCGUCGUGGAUGAAUUUUGCCCGCGAGAACUUCUUGGAAGAAUUUGAUGUGUGCUUGUUUGUGCCUUCUACUAGCUCAAUGAAGGGGAUGUCUGUUUUCGAUGUCAGCAUUUUCCGGGUGGUGCCCGAAGUCGUUCCUCCAACUCUAGUAAUUCGCCGUUGAUAAAUGACUACUGAAUUGUGAAGUUGUUGCACUGAUGGGUUUACUGGUGGUGAUCUAUGAACUGUUGAAAAGUAGAUGAUGGCUUAUCUUCUUUGGGUUUUUAAGCUUGAUUGCUUCUUUUGCUGGCUUGUAAUGUGAACUAUUUUAACUAUGUGUACAAAUAUGAAUACUUUCUUAGUUUGCUCUAUAAA